UUAUUCGCCAGGUGUUACAAUAUCAAAUGUUGCAUCAAACCCUUCCAUUAUAUCAGUGAAAAACUCCUUCGGCAUCCUCAAUGACCUCACAACGGAGACUAAUAAGACGUGUUAUAUAAGUCAAAUGAAACCAGUAAGAACUCGAAAACGGAAACAUAAGAAAAGAUUGUUAGUGUUAGCAGAUAGUCACGGACGAGAUAUUGGUUGGGAUUUAAAUCGCGAAUUUGAGAAAGACGGUUUUGAAGUGACCGUAAUUGCAAGAUCAGGGGCAAAUUUUAAAACAGUGACCCAUGACAUUGACAACUUCACUAAAGAUUUUAAUUUCGAUGACAGGGUGGUCGUACUGGCUGGAACAAAUGACAUAGUGAGUCACACACAACAGCCCACUGAACUUGAUCUUCAACCAAUCUUAGAAACGGCAAGGCGUACAAAGGUAUCAAUUGCGACUGUUCCAUACCGAUACGACAGACCGCUCAUGAACGUAAACGUAGCAAAACUGAAUGCAUGGCUGUCAGAACGGAUCUCAAAUAUUGAUGAGAUAGAACUUUUGGAGCUUUCAAAUUUUGAUAUAAGUGACUUUACUCGACACGGUUUGCAUUUUAAUAAAAGCAGGGGGAAGAUAAAACUCAGGAAACUGAUCAAAGAGCAUAUAACAGGCACUUCAACGUCAGAAGGUAGCGGAGAAACGGCGGAAGCUAGAGAUAUUUCAGCAUUGUCCAAUAGCGAUUUUUUAUAGGUUGUGAAGUAUUCCAUGUAAAUUGCCAGGGCCUCUUGAAUGCAAAGCUAGAUUUAGAAAUACUACUUUCUCGUAGAAAAUCUAAGAUUGACGUCUUAUGUCUUACCGAGCAUUGGCUUACUGAGAGCGAAUUGAACGUAUUAUCACUCCCUGGCUACAGACUCAUUACUCAGUACUGCAGAAAAAUUAAAAUUCGAGGAGGUUCAUGUAUUUUUGUAAGCAAUGAAUCCAUCAAAAAUGUUAAGAUUAG